GUUAAGAAGUAACGCGGUUAUUACAUGUCAACAUGUCAUUCCUUCGAGUCUGUGCCUUCGCCAAAUGUCUGAAUCGUCGCGCUUUAUUUGAAAAGGGUGCUGUUCGCGUGUCUUUUGCGGACUGGUGUCAGCAGUGUAUGUCGAUAAGAAACGGCCCGGUCAGACGGAUAUCAGGGACCUCUCUCCAGCUUCAAAGAAGAAAUGUUUCAUUUGUAAUCCCAAAAACAGAAGAUGCAAAGAAACGUUUACUGGAACAGUCUCAGCUGUUAGACGUGCUUGAGGCCAGGAUGCAGCAACUCCAAACUGACACCAUUCUAGAUGUCCAACAUGCUAAGGUGCAAUUUGUUAAAGCCCCCUCUUCUGGAAGAGGGGCUUCCUCUGGUAGGGGUCCCAAAAGCACGCCUCAGGAGAAAACUGCCAUUCCUAAAUCAGGACAGACUGUUGCUAAAGGAGAUCCUAAGUCUCAACCCAGCCGCUGGAUGGAAAAAUUAACUCAGGAGAAGAAAAACAAACUUAAGAAACAGCAGCGUCUCCAGCAGAAAUUUCAGAAAAAUCUUAAGGAGAAGCCAACAGCCAAAUCAUCUAAAGGUAGCAAAAGCAGCUCCCAGAUGCUACCAGGCACAUCACAUAAAACUAUAUCUACCACAGCUAAAAAGAGUAUACCUUUGGUUAAGACAAACAAAGGAUCCAUGAAAUUAUCUGAUGACAGUCAUGCUGCAGCUUCUUCAACAGCUACUUCCACUGCUGCUGCAGCUGUAGCAGCCAUAACACAUAAAGUCUCGCAAGAGAAGAGGAAGAGUUCUAGAAAUCAGCCUCUCAGUGAAGGGGGCCAAAAGCAGGCCCAUAGUGAUGCUCAGGACAGGGCUAAGGAGCUGGCUGAGAUAGAAGAGUUGGAGAGGAGGCUCAGAGAGCAGGUGAACCAGUGGACCUCCUCUAGUAACCCAGAGCGCCUACAGGCGGACAGAGAAGGAGCUGCAUGUGGGGAAGUCAAGCAGAGCAUCCGCUGCUACCUGGAGGCGUGCGUGUUUGCGGGGGACAUUGAGAGGGCACACCGUUUCAUGCUCAGCCAGCACAGAGUAAUGAGUCGACGGAAACAUCUGAACACAGAUAUCUACAACAUCAUGAUGAGGGUUUGGGCCAAAAAGGGCGUAUUAAAUCAGAUCGGCCGCAUGUUUAUUCUGCUGGAAGAGGCUGGUCUGAAGCCAAAUCUGGGAUCCUACUGUGCUGCUUUGGAGAGUAUGGGCCGCAAUCCCAGCUGCUCCCCAAAAGUCAUCACUAGGUGCCUGAGUCAGAUGGAGAAGGACGGUCUGUCUGUGGACGAUCUGUUCAGCCAAUGUGUGUUCCAACAAGAUGAGAGAGACAAGGUGCUGAAGGCCGUACGCGUCAUCCAGCCCGACUACCAGCCCCACCUCAACGUGUCCACGAGCCAGUGUUAUUCAUCGCUGGUUAAGGACUUCUACACAGAGAGGGCAGACCACCACUACCCCAAGCUGGACUUCACUCGCGAGGAGCUCCAGGAGCGUUUCAAGCGUCAGCUCAGGGUAGAGCAGGCCUGCACUGUCACCAUCGAGUCAGUGGAGGCUGCCAAGCCCGUCACUGAAAACAUGGCCAAGAUGAGGGAGCUUCUAGCGGAGCAACGGGCUCAGUGGCAGAGGAGCCUCCUCCAGGCCCUGAGGGAGAGCAAGAUGAUCAUGGCAAACUCCAGCACCAGGGACUACAAGCUUAACCUUUAUCCCUACCUCUGUCUGCUGGAAGAUAGGGAGUAUGUCGACAUUAUGAUCCAGAGUGUUGCCAACCUGUCUCCCAGUGGAGAGUCGCUGAAGAUUUUAGCCAGAGAUCUGGGCCACAGGGUCUACACCCAGUACUGUAUACGGCAGAAACAUCACAGUGAGGCGGUGGAAAAGUUGGGCAGCCUUUACAGCGCUUACUCAGACCUGCUGGCCAAAGACACCAAGGAGUAUGACGUCCUUCCCAGGGAGCAGUGGUGUAAUCUGGAGAUGGAGCAGAAUUCAGGACCCAUGCUGCUGGGGGAAGAGACAAGCUGGCCGUACAUAAUAACUGUGGAGCUGGGCACUUACUUGGUGGAUAUGAUGGUCAAGAACCUCAAAAUUAAUAGCGACAUUCUGAACUCAUCCUACGAGAGGAAGCUCAUCCCCAUCCUCUACCACAUGUACGCCUUCCGUAGCACCCGACAGAUUGGCUUCAUCAAGCCCCACCCCAUCCUGAUUCAGAUGCAGCAGGAAGCCAUGGAGACCAAGCUCACCUUUGACUCCUACGUGAUGCCGAUGCUGUGCCCUCCCAUACCCUGGACUUCUGUCAAGUUUGGGGCCUACCUGCUGACACCGACCAAGCUGAUGAGGACAGUAGACGGGGCCACCCAACAUGACGUGUUGUUGGAGAAAUGCCAGAGCCUCCAUGCAGUCCUGGACUCUCUCAACCAGCUGGGCAACUGUGCCUGGAGGAUCAACAAACCCCUGUUGGAUAUUAUUAUCACCAUUUUCAAUGAUCGGGGUAGUGAAAAGCUAGACAUCCCUCCUCCCCUGUCAGAGGCCCCCAAAAUACCCCACUUCAACCCCCAAGAUCCCACUUAUACUUCUACCGAGAAGGCCCACAUGAAAAGAGAGGUGAUUAAUGCCAAAAAGAAAUGCAGUGAGAUGCACAGCCUGCGAAUGGAUGCUCUCUAUAAACUCUCCAUCGCCAAGCACAUGCAGGAUGAGAUUUUCUGGUUCCCUCACAACAUGGACUUCAGGGGACGUACAUACCCCUGUCCUCCAUACUUAAAUCACCUCGGAAGCGACGUGACUCGGGCCAUCCUUGUGUUUGCGGAGGGGAAGCCUCUUGGUCCCAAGGGCCUGGACUGGCUAAAGAUCCACUUAGUCAAUCUGACAGGGUUAAAGAAGAGGAGCUCACUACAGGGGCGGCUGGAGUAUGCAAACACUAUCAUGGAGGACAUACUGGACUCUGCCGACAACCCUCUAAAUGGUAAGAAGUGGUGGAUGAAUGCAGAUGAGCCUUGGCAGGCUCUGGCCUGCUGCAUGGAGAUAGCCAAGGCUGUGAGAUCUCCCGAUCCAACACAGUUCAUCUCUCAUUUUCCUGUUCAUCAGGACGGCUCCUGUAAUGGUCUCCAGCACUACGCCGCUCUAGGCAGAGAUGUUAUUGGUGCCACAUCAGUCAACCUCAUGCCCUGUGACAUGCCCCAGGAUGUGUACAGCGGAGUAGCACAGCAGGUAGAGGAGUUCCGGGCACAGGAUGCAGAGAAAGGUCUGAAGAUCGCCCAGGUUCUGAAGGGCUUCAUCAGCAGGAAGGUGGUGAAACAGACGGUGAUGACUGUGGUGUACGGGGUCACGCGGUACGGGGGGCGCCUCCAGAUAGAGAAACGACUGAAGGAGAUUGAUGAGUUCCCCAAGGACUAUAUAUGGGAUGCAUCACAUUACCUGGUACGACUGGUGUUCAGUGGCUUAAAAGAGAUGUUUACAGGGACCAGAGAGAUCCAGGAUUGGCUGACAGAGAGCGCCAGGCUCAUCUCCAAAUCUGGCCACACUGUGGAGUGGGUGACACCCCUGGGUUUACCCAUCAUUCAGCCCUACCAUCGCACACGUAACCAAGUGCUGAAGAGCAACAUUCAACACAUCAACCUUGAGAUCAACUAUGACACCAAAGAGAGGCCUGAUACAGUUAAACAGAAGAACGCCUUCCCACCAAACUUCAUCCACUCUCUGGACUCCACACACAUGAUGCUGACUGCUCUCCACUGCUAUAGUGCUGGUCUCACAUUCGUCUCAGUUCACGACUGUUUCUGGACCCACGCCCUCACUGUGGACACCAUGAAUAAGGUCUGUCGGGAACAGUUUGUCGCCCUGCACAGCCAGCCAAUCCUUCAAGACCUGUCCAACUUCCUGCUACAGAAAUACUGCAGUGGGAUCCUGACUGAUGCCAAGAACAAGAAGUAUCAGGAGUACAGGAGGCUGAUGCUGCUGCUGGCCAAAGUGCCCCAGACAGGUGAUUUUGACCUCCAGCGGGUGAAAGAAUCCACUUAUUUCUUCAGCUGAGAGGCUCGUGAGGGAGAGCCAUUGGAGGGAGAUGAAUGGAAUUGACAGUGCAGCGGGGAGACUUCAGGCCCCAGGGUCUAAACCGGUUUUGUCUCCAUCAGAUAUCAGUACAUUGAUCCAGCCGCACUCCACCUGCCUCCUGCUCCACGGGCUGGUUGGAGCUGCUGGAACUGCUGGAGGCGUUCACACACAGUGAACCCGCCUGAUUAACUGACUAGUGGGCUGAUGGAAGGGAGGGUGGGAUACUCAUCCAGGCGAACGAUGAGGGAAUCAGCAGCGGAUGGGAAUGUUAAGACAUCAAUCGGUGAAACGUACCUCUUAUUAUGGACUCAUCGGCCAUAAUCAGGUGUAUAUGUGUGUGCGUACGUGUGUGUGUGUGCGUUAAUGAGCCAUACUGACUGAAUCACAUGUGAACCGUGUCGACCUCUUCAUCACUCAGCAGCACGUCUGCUACUCAAUAAGACUAAGCAAAAACUUUCUACUUGCAAAGCGUAAUUGCUGGUGAUUUGUGGUACGUGUGUGUGUGUGUGUGUGUGUGUGUGUGUGUGUGUGUGUGUGUGUGUGUGUGUGUGUGUGUGUGUGCACGUGUGUGCAUUUUCAUGCUGUGAAGGCCUCCACAGAGCACUGACCCGCCUCUGAUACUAUCCCACCUAAUCAUCGAUCCCGUCCAUUACUGGAUGGCGGGAUGUUCUCUGACACACUGUUCAAACAUUUCAACUUUUUCUGAAGAAGUUUGAAGAACAGAUGUUCAAUGAAAAAUGUGCUUUACUGCAGUGGUUGGUAUGGGACUUUUGAUUCUUACCUUCUUGGAGUGACUAAGCACUUGGCAGUUGCCCUAAAAUAAAUGUGUUUCUUAAAAUGUCUCCUUACUCAUUUGAUGGUUCAAAGAAAUAGCUGGUAUUCUUAGGAUGCCUGAAUAGGAAGAAUGAGACAGCAUGUUAUUUAGUUGUAUCUGCAUAUUUCAAUUCUAUUGUGUAUCAUGAGAUGAAGGCCUCCUUUUAAAUGCACCACAAAGGGUGUGCAGGCUUCACUAAUCAACUCAGAUCUUAUUUUUUCUGGGCCAGUGCUGCAUCUAGAAGUAAAAAUAGCAAAAGUGCUAUCUGAUCAUUGCUGGAAACGUUACAGCAGCUUCAGACAAAAGGUGCCGUUGAUGUUCAAAGGCAAAUGUAGGCUCAGCCAAACAAAGCUGGCUGAGUGACAGUGUAAUGAAAUGGAGAUAAUCUUCCAGGGGGCAUAAAUAGCUGAUUAGACUGUAGGUUUUCAGAUGAUUUGCAUGGCAACAUGCACAUGCAGAUGCUCUUUAUAUUUACUGAUGUGCAUGAGAUGUGAGGCCAAUUUGAUCAGUUUUUUUUCUCAUAAAAAUGAGCUUUCACAUUGAUGACAUGAUUUAAAGUCA